AUGCAGGGCGAGACACCAGCGCAGACCGUCAGCUCACUGGGCCAAGCGCUGCGCGCCGUGGGCGGGUUGACUAAGCCCAGCGGCCGAGGCUUAUUCAUGUUCCAGUGCCUGCUGGCGGGGAGCUCGACGGCGGCGAUCAUCGGCCUGUUCGGGGCGACGGUGCUGGGCUACGCCUGCACGGCCGGUGCGGUGGGGUUCCUGGGCGGCUCCUGCCUGGGCUUUCUCCUGGGCAGCAUCGGAUACUAUCGCACAUGCUGCCAUCAGAGCCUGAUCGCCUUCGUCAAGUACCCCGAGCUCAUGCGCCACCACAUCGACAUGGAUUUCGGCAUGCACGGCGUAGCGAAAGCCUCGCGGUUCCGGGGGGCAACGCUCCAGGGGAUGUUGGUUGCCGCGUGGCACUCGGCGGUGCCUGCUAUCGAGGAUAUUCAGAAUCAGGAGGAGGCUCGGCUGGUGGCUAAUCAGGAUGAAGGCCAAACAGGCAAGACAUAA